AUCUUGUUCUGGGGGCUCAGGGACCUGAAGAGAGUGAACCUGGCCCAGGUGGACCGGCCCCGCGUGGACAUCGAGUGUGCUGGGAAGGGUGUCCAGUCUGCCCUGAUCCAGAACUACAAGAAAAACCCCAACUUCAGCACUUUGGUCAAGUGGUUCGAGGUGGACCUCCCGGAGAACGAGCUGCUGCACCCGCCCCUGAACAUCCGCGUGGUGGACUGCCGGGCCUUCGGGCGCUACACGCUGGUGGGCUCCCACACCGUCAGCUCCCUCCGCAAGUUCAUCUACCGCCCACCCGAUAAGAAAGCCCAGCACUGGAACAUGGCAG